CCGGCUGGCUGGCAGUUUACGGCGCGAACGGCUACCGACCGGACAGACAGCAGUAACCGAUGAUCACUGUGCUCAGGAAGCGCGCCUCAGCGACACAGCAGCAGCCGCAGUGCGAUAACCGGGCCCUGCCAACGUGCGGCGAACGCCAGACUCUCAUCACCUCAUAUCCUUGGCGAUUCAAAAUGUAGCACCAUGAAGUUGCGGCAGUGCAUCAUUGAUUUCGCUAUCGUUCUGAUAACGAUCCCUUCGCUCGUCGUCGUGGCACUGCUACUGGACUACAUCAUGACCCAUACCGGCUGGACGGAGAAGGUGGAAAGCCAGAUCAUCAUGGCGGCCCUGUCGGUGGCCUUCUUCCUGAUCUGCAUCAUGAUAUCGGUCUACCUGACGCACCGGGUCGGCAACUGUCUGUGGGCCGGGCCCCAGCCGGACCAACCGUCGAUCUACACCGUGGAGCGGGGUCUCGCCUACCUGGACGGUGCCCCGCCACCGACGUACGACACCGUCAUGAGCGAACACGAUCCGCCGUCGUACGAGAAGAUAAGCAAGCUGUUUCCUCCCGAGGAACCACCGCCGUCGUACGCGGCGUCGAUGGCGUCGCACGGUGGCGCCGUGACGCACAUCUGAUCCUACCAAGUUCCUACGUGCCAUAAACCUUAGGUUAAGCAGAAUCCACCAACGCCCGUCACCCGAUCGCCACCCCGUUGUUUGUGGACGAAAGCGAAAUAAACGUAAUGUAUGUA